AUGAAACCAAUAGAGGACGACGAUGGCGUUAAAGUGAUGUUCGAAUGUCACAAUUCGUUUGCUCCUCUUGACGAUAUGGAGCUAUAUGUUCAUAUUGUUAGUCCUCCCAUUAACCAAUCGCAAGAGUCGCAUUCGCAUCAAUACGGUUUGAGCCAACCCACUGAUGAAGAGCCAACCCAAAACAACGAACCAUUUAUACCCGACGAACAGGUGGACGAGUACAGUGAGGAUGAAAUACAAGAAGUGCAAUAUGAAGAUCUUUUUGGUGAUGACAAUGACCCUGAUGAUGUUGAGCCGUCGCAGCCUACACUUGCACGACCGAUUAGCAUGUACGCCCCACCGGAUCACAUGCGAAAUAUUUGUUUAGAAGAGGCACCGUCUGAAUCAAUUUUUGGUUCCCACAUAACAAACUAUAGUGAUGUUGAUUUAUAUGAGGGAAUGGAGUUUGAAGACAAGGAGGAGUGCGUUGCUGCUAUUCAACAUUGGCAUAUCACCAAUAAUCUUGAUUAUUGGGUAUACAAAUCUGACACGAAAAGAUAUGUCAUCAAAUGCAAAAAUCCAACUUGCAAAUUCAAAUGUAGAGCAUCCGUUCGCAAGAAGAAUUCUAAGUGGAUGAUAGGUAAGUUGAGUGGACCACAUGUCUGCACAACCACUUCAAUGUCGCAAGAUCAUAGACAACUUACAUCAGAUAUUGUCUCUCACUGCAUCAGAGAUUUGGUUAACACCGACCCCUCAAUUAAGGAAAGCGUGGAUUGCAAAGACUUGGAAACAUUACCUGCCUUUUCAAACGAAGGCAGCCAGUUGGGUGAUAAGAUGAUAUUCCAUCGUCUAUUUUGGGCUUUUCAACCAUGCAUCCAUGGUUUUGCCUAUUGCAAGCCAAUUGUUCAAGUCGAUGGAACAUGGUUGUAUGGAAGGUACAAAGGGACAUUGUUGAUGGCUGUGGCGCAGGAUGGGAAUGGUAACAUUUUUCCAAUUGCUUUCGCUAUUGUCGAGGGUGAAACCAAGGAUGCUUGGAGUUUUUUCCUUCGUAAUCUAAGAAUCCAUGUGACACCCCAACCCAAUCUAUGCCUAAUAUCAGACAGACAUCCAUCGAUUAAAAGUGCCUAUGAUGAUCCUGCAAAUGGAUGGCAAAAUCCUCCGUCAUCACAUGUCUAUUGCAUAAGGCAUAUUGCGCAAAAUUUUAUGCGUGCGAUUAGAGACAAAGAACUACGUAAAAAACUCGUCAACAUGGGAUAUGCAUUGACGGAGUCAACGUACAAUUACUAUAGAACCGAAAUUCGUCAGACAAAUAGAGAUGCUAUGGAGUGGAUUGAAAAUAUCCCCAGGGAGAAGUGGGCAAGGGCGUUUGAUAGAGGGCAACGAUGGGGACACAUGACGACUAACCUUGCAGAAGCAAUGAACUCUGUGCUAAAGGCUACCAGAAAUCUUCCAAUAGCGUCUUUGUUUUCGGCCACAUAUUUUCGGAUGGGAGCAUUAUUUGGUCAACGCGGACAUGAAUGGACAAAGAGGUUGACAUCAGGCCAAACUUUUACAGACAAGUGUAUCAAGGGGAUGACUGAAGAAGUCAACAAAGCAAGCAGUCAUAAUGUUUACCAGUUUGACCGGGAGAGGUUCUAUUUUAUGGUGGCCGAAAGAAUAAACCGCAACGAUGGUCGUCCAACUGGUACUUACGGUGUUGAUCUGCGAAAGCGAACAUGUGAUUGUGGAAAAUUUCAAGCGUUCCAUUUGCCUUACUCACAUGUGAUUGCAGCAUGUGAAAGUAUACGCCAAGACUACACCAUUCACAUACCCGACGUGUUCAAGAUACAGCAUGUUUUUAAAGUCUACCAACAAAGCUUCCAGAUCCUCCCACAUCAAGACAAUUGGCCUCAAUAUAGAGGGCCUACUCUUUGUCAUGACGAAACUAUGCGUAGGAAAAAAAGAGGCCGCCCUAACAGUACUCGGAUUCGAACCGAAAUGGACGACGUGGAAAAGGAAAAGAGAAUGUGUGGGAUAUGCCGUGAAGUAGGCCAUAUCCGAAGUAAAUGUCCAAAUGUAUCAGGCUCGUCCAAUAGGCCUCCUUAA